AUGCCUAGCAGUAACUUAUGAUGAGACACACAUGCAGGUGGAAGGCAGUCGCAAUGGUAACAUGCCUUUAAAAGGGAAGGCUGCUUGUACCAAAUUCACUAGGAUUAGCACGAAUGGAAAUCAUAGUAUUGUCUCGUGUGAGCCAAUCACCGGCAGGACACAUCAGAUACGUGUCCAUCUUCAAUAUACGGGGCAUCCUAUAGCUAAUGACAUGCUUUACCUCUCUGAAUGCGUUAACGAACGCUCUACCGUAGGAUUGAGUGCAGACAGAGCUGCAGCUAAGUCAGAGCUUCCCCCACAGCCCAAUCUUCGUGAAACUUGUAUAGAUGACCCUCAAAAUGACUCCAGUAUUGAUUUCAGCAUAGAUCCAAAGUGUACUAAUUGUCCGAACUUGGCUCCCAAAGGCUAUGAUGGACGUGAAGAGGGAUUAUGGCUACAUUGUGUAAGAUAUGCUGGGCCAGACUGGACUUAUGAAUGCCCAUAUCCACCCUGGGCAUCCAUCUGACUUUUUUUUCGUCUUCGGUUUAUAAAUUUGAGAAAACUGUAUUGUUUCUUCAUCUGGAUAAACAUUUAUGGCACGUUUGGCAAGAUAAAUUGUAUUACACUCGACUGGAUUUUGAAAGAAAGGAGACAGAUUGUACAACACAAUGUAAUACUGCUCGAUAUUUUUUUUUAAAAGCUAGAUUUGCGUUGUUACUCUUCAAA